UUGGAUGUGUGUAUGCGUGCGUGUGUGUGCUCUUCCAUCCCCUUCUUGUGCCGCACCCUCUGCUCAGUUUAGACCUCUCUUCAAGCAGCCCCCCCACCCUCAUCAUCCCCAUCACAACCAUCAUCCCCAUCCGGACGUAACGCCACUUGUCUAAGGAACGCACAGCAGGGAGGGAAAAGAUGUCUCCGAGCGGCCGUCGGUUCUUGUGCCUGAUCGGGACCGCCUGCCUGGGGCUGCCCUUGCUGGUGCGCGCGCAGGUGGUUGCUGACGACACGUAUUUAAACGAGGUGCAGAACUCAGUGCCUCUGUCCUGCUCCGAGGGUUUCACCGAGCUGGGCUACUACAAUGGCACAGUGUCCCAGACAGACUCCGGCGCCCCUUGCCUCAAGUGGACCGAGUUUCCGGACUAUGUGGUGCAGUACCCGGGGCGCGGGCUGGGCGAGCACAACUUCUGCAGGAACCCGGACCGCGAGUCCAACCCGUGGUGCUUUUUCCGGCAAAACUCUGGUGCCAUUGGUUGGGCCUACUGCGACUGUCAUCAAGGUGCCGCUCGACUGGUUGGCGGCUCCUCGUCCAACAGUGGGCAUGUUGAAGUCUACCUGAACGGCCAAUGGGGGGCGGUGUGCGACUCUCACUGGACUGACCGGGAUGCCAGUGUGGUCUGCAGGCAGAUGGGCCUCAGCGACAUCGGCACGGCAAUGCGACACUCCCAACUCGCCUCGGGGUCUGGCCUCUUCCAUUUUGAGCGUCUGGGUUGCCGUGGCGACGAGAAGAGCCUGAGCGGCUGCAGGAGCAGGACGUUCGUCACGGGGGAUUGUAACCAUGGAAAUGAGGCUGAAGUCCUGUGUGCUCCUCCUGAAGGUAGCGGACCCCCGCUACGACUGGUCGGAGGGGAGGAAGACUUUGAAGGCCGGGUGGAGGUCUUCCACGCAGGAAGGUGGGGCUCUGUAUGCGAUGACCAAUGGGACGACAGAGAUGCAGAGGUGGUCUGCAGGCAGCUGGGCUUCAGUGGGGUGGCCAAGGCAUGGUCGUGGGCUCACUUCGGUCAGGGUUCCGGUCCCAUCCUGCUGGACGCCGUCAAGUGUACGGGAAACGAACUGUUCUUGGACCAGUGCCCACACGGACACUGGGAACAGCACAACUGCGAUCACAUGGAGGACGCCGGUGUCUCCUGCAGCCCUUACACAGACGGCGUGGUGCGUCUGGUGGCAGGCGACAGCCCCUGGGAGGGCCGAGUAGAAGUGCUCCACAAUGGCGACUGGGGGACGGUGUGUGAUGACCGCUGGACACAGCAGCAUGCCCAGGUGGUGUGUGGACAGCUGGGAUACAGGGGGCACGCCGAAGUUGUGUCAGACGGGAUGUUCGGCGAGGGCGUCGGUUUGAUUCUGCUGGACGAUGUCCACUGCGAUGGCUCUGAGGCGUCCCUGCUGGACUGCCGCCACGGCAUCUGGGGGCGCACAGAUUGCUCCCACGCAGAGGACGUCGGCGUGCGUUGCAGAGGGCGCCCUGAAGAAGAGACUAACCAAGUGCCUGUCGUGGCGCCGGCCACAGGCCCGCUGCUGCGUCUCGCUGGAGGCUUCAGCAGGAAUGAGGGGCGCGUGGAGGUCUACCUCUACGGAGACUGGGGGACGAUCUGUGACGUGGGGUGGAACGACCUCAACGCUGCCGUGGUGUGCAGGCAGCUAGGACACAGGGGUGGAGCGCUGGCGGCCGGGGGCUUUGGGCAGGGCAAAGGCCCGGUCCACCUGGACCAAGUGAGGUGCACCGGAAAGGAAGAGUUCUUGGGCGAGUGUCCAUCGCUGGGCCUGAAUGACCACGGGUGCAGGCGUGGGCAAGUGGCCGGGGUCAAGUGUGAGGUCUCAGCUACCUCGACGCAUUACGCGACAGAUACAGUUCGUCACGAAGAGGCCACCUGCGGGGUGAGGAAGCUCCACGAGGAGGGUGACAAGACCAAGGGCCAUGAAGGAGCUGGUAACAAGCUCAGGACCGCUUGGCCUUGGCAAGCAUCCGUAUGGCUUCAGUCCCAAAGUCAAGAUGGCGGGCCUCUCUGCAGUGCCACUCUAAUUGCUUCCUGCUGGGCACUCACAUCUGCCACCUGUUUUGCCAGGUAUGGAACAGAGCCUUCCAGAUAUGUCGUGCGAGUUGGGGCUUCAGAGCGGACCCUGAGCCCAGAGCGUGUGGUGGUCCACAAGAAGUUCAAAGGUCAAAGCGGAGGUCAUGAUAUAGCUUUGGUCAAGCUACCAGGCGCCCAGAAGGGUCACUGCUUCACCUUUGACCCCCACGUCAACGCUGCUUGCCUGCCUGACGACGACCACCACAGCAGCAUGCCGGCGGCCUGCGUCGUCAUGGUGACCACGCGCUGGAGCGCACCGGACUCUGUCCUGGCGUCGUGGGUUCCCGUCAUGUCUUCGUGGCAAUGCAAGAAACGUCACGGCGACAGCUUCUCCAGCCACGGCACCGUUUGCGCCGGAAGCCCCCCAGACACCAGCGCCGAUUGUCGCGGCAACUCUGGCGGAGGCCUACUUUGUCAGGGCGAAGAUGGCCAGUGGGCGCUAGCAGGAGUGGUGGCCGGAAUCUAUGGCUGUGCAGACCCCUCCUCACCGGCACUAUACACCCGUGUCAGCCGCUUCCGUAGCUGGAUCGACGACGUCACCCGGGCAGAUUCCCAAAAUGGCCGACGAGCAGAGGAAACAAAUGACAUCGGACAACACGCGCACAUAAAGCACACGCAGGUGGCGGUUUGAUCGAGGCCCAAUUGUCUUACCGCCUGUGCCAUGGGGACCACCGGAGAAAAUGUUAACUCUAAUCGGUGGAUGCCUUCCUUCCCAACCAGAGGCCGAACAAAGAUGGCCGAUCAGCAUGUGCUUUCACAUCUUAAAUUCUAUUGAGUUACUCGGCUGGGUGCACCAUAACAACAACAAUUAGCAUCAGCGCUAACUGCUAAUUAAUGUACAGCAGAUAAUCAUGCAACGACAUCAAGAAAAAAAGGGCUUUUCUGUUGCAGGCUCAUCAUGGAUGACUGCACCACAACAAUACCGACCGCACCAUUAUUUCUAAACAAAGAAAUCCAUCUAUCUGUUCAUUUUUUAUGGUGUUAUACUCAUCAAGGUUGCAAAUUAGCUGAGGUCAAAUCAAGUUGACUUUUUGGGGGAGAGGAAGGGGCACUACUAGGACCUGGUGACCAAUCGCAGAGCAUAUUACAUUAUGUUGUUCUGGAGGAACCCUGUGAUGACUGAUAAUGCAGCGUUAGGGGCAAAACACACACGAUGGCGAAAUGUGAAAGUCAUCGCUGUUGACAGGGGCGCUGGAAGUCACUCACAGCAGGGGGCGGGCUGAGGAUAUUUUUUAUAGUGCUUCCCAUCUAAAAACAACCGUUUCAGUCCAAUAUUUUCAUGCUCGCACGUUUUCUCCAUUAAAAUGCGUGCACAAUGGCACUACACAAGCAUGCUGGAAAGCUUACGUACUACUAGGCUACUACAUAGACAGCGUUCUAUUUCAUCUACCGCGUGAGUUUUUGUAUUGGAAAUAAAAGCACUUGUGUAUUGCACACGAACACAUUUGAAAACUAAUAGGUCCAAUAAGCCUCAGUUUAACACCACCUUCUCACAACACUAAAAUAAAUUGCACACUAGUAUCCAACAGCGCUCUGCACGGCGGCAGAUCAACAGCAACAACAAAAAAUAGUAUGGCUACAAUGCAAGCAUAUCUUACCUAAUUGAGGACACAAAAAGUAGAUUGAACCAUCAUCAGAAUCAUCUAAAUUUUCUUCCUCGACUGUUUUCGAAAAUUUUGCUGUUUUUGUACAGAAAAAAAAAAGCCAAUUCGUUUUUGCGCCAUAUUAACGCAUCCUCUGUCAACAGUUAACUUUUACAACAGCGCCAUAUUCAACGUGACCCAGUCGCAAGCAAGUUGUCAAGGUAGUGGCCAUGUUAUCGGAAAAAAAAAAAAAAAAAAAACUUUUUCCAACAUAUACAUUUAAUACCCCAAGUUAAAUACUAAUGUUUUAUUUGUUUAUUACUGUACUGGCCCGGAUAUAAGACGGUGUUUUUUGCAUUUAAAUAAGAUUGAAAAAGAGGGGGUCGUUUUAUAUUCGCGGUCGAGACAUUAUACCCAUUCACAAAGCUAGAUGACGCCAGAUAUCGUUAAAGCAAUGUUCUGUUAUGACAGAUUUCAGCUACUCUCUCCAUUCACGACGCUAGAUGGCGCCAGAUAUCAUUGAAGCGAUGUUCUGUCAUGACAGAUCUCAGCUACUACUUUAACUAGUUUGCAUUAUUUUAUUGCAAUGUUUUUCCUUAUUCAGAUGUUUCAUAACUACAGUUACAGUUAGACUUCACUUUGAUGGUUGAUGCAGUUAUUGCAAUUUUGGUAUUUUAUCACAAUAGAUUGGCUUCUGGUUUUUGAAAUGUAAAUAAACCAUUCAUUUACUAAAGUGAUUGCACUUUAGUUUACAUAUUCAAAUGUUCAGAUAUUCAGAUUUGAAUGAGUAAAAAUAACAUGCUUUUUCUCUCAAAUAUAUUUUUAUAAUCAUUAGUUUCAGAUGUAACGUAAUUAUUUUCUGGAUAGAAAUUAAUUUGGUGUUCAAAAAGUCUUUUUUCAAAUUUGAGUCUUGAAAAAUAGGGGGUCGUCUUAUAAUCAGGGCCGUCUUAUAUUCGGGGCAAAAUAACAUAAUUUUUAACAAAAACAACAACAACAACAAAAAAGAAUCUACCAAAACAGUUUUUCCUCCCCAACACUAGGGGGUGCUGCAUCACCCUCAGUACCCUACUUCCCGUACCACUGGCUGUUUGAGCUGAAAGCCAACACACAGGGAGCGAUGCAACUGCAGCAGCAAGCGACAGGGACUCGAAUCGCCUGUGCGUCAUCGCUCUUCUCUGAUUGGCUGUGAAUUUGCAGGGCAUUUUAAAGCCAACAACUUUCCAUACUGCUGGUUUUUAUUAAUGUCCUGGAAAUCAUACCGAGAUCUAUCAUAAAGUAUGUGCUGUUCGCACACUGGUAAAAUGAUACGCUCCUCCAUGUUGACGAAGUGUUUUUUUUCUGUACAGACAAGAGGUAAAAUCUCUGGAUUUCACAUUGUGAAAACACAGAAAAUAUACAAGUCAUGACAUCAGUGAGAACAAAAGCUACAUUAGGACUCAUUUUUGCAUUGUUUUUGGUCUUGUACAUUUAAAUAUUCAUCAAAAUAGCUGCCAUCGACGGCGCUGACUGGAUAGGACCUCCAUCGCCGCCAAUGGCAGCCUGUGAAUUAAUAGCAGCAUGCCGUUUCUCUAAAUCCUUAUCAUGGCAACUGUCACCGUUGCAGAGCUUAAAUAAAACCUGAAAAGUUGUGCGGGUUGAGGUUUAAAAAAAAAAAAAAAAAAAAAAGACACCGAACA